GCCUACAGCAUAUUCUUUACCUUUCUUGAUUUCUUUCAUAACUUCUCUCCAAAUCUCAUUUUAAAUUGGAAAAGCUUCAAACAAUGGCCAUUCGCCAGAUUCUCAGACUGUCUUUGUCCAACGAAAGAAGGUCAGCUGAAGUUCCAAAAGGGCAUGUUGCUGUCUAUGUUGGUGAUAAUGGAAAGAAGCGUUUUGUGAUUCCAGUUGCCUACUUGAACCAUUCUUUGUUUCAAGAAUUGCUGUUUCAAGCUGAGGAAGAAUUUGGGUUCAAUCACCCCAUGGGCGGCCUCACCAUCCCUUGCAGCGAGGACGUAUUUGUAGAUUUCAUCUCUGGUGUGAGCACAAGAUGAUUUAUAGAAAUGGUGUUUUAGGAGUAGAGUUUUGUAGAUUAGAAAAUGUAACUACUGAGAUUACAUUAGAAUAUACACAACAUAUUAAUGAGAAACUUUUGUUUCCUUUAUUCA